AUGGAUAAUCUACUGUGCGACGAGUCAUGGCUGUCGGGUCCUUCAACUCCUGAGCCUUUACCAAACUUCCGGUUGAAUAUUCACGACGAUCACGUGGCAAUGUCUCCAGCCAUGGAUGCAGCAACGGUCGGGGAAGCCAUUUCCAUGGAUUUGAAGAAAGAAAUGAGUUUCAGUAAUCACGGAGAUAAGUUUAUUGAGUUCCUUGUUUCUAAGAAGUUAACCGAUGCUAGGUUUCAAACAGUUCGAUGGCUCGUUCAGACUCGGAAUCGUUUGAAUCUAUCAUUUGAAACGAUAUUUUCCGCCGUAAGUUGUUUUGAUCGGUUCGUCUAUGCCACUAGCUGCAAUGAAUGGAGUAAGUGGAUGGUGGAGUUAGUUGCAGUAACCUCAUUAUCGAUCGCAUCAAAAUUUAACGAAGUUUCAUCCCCUUCACUUGAAGAUUUUCAGAUGGAAGGGCUAAUUCAUAUGUUUCACCAUAAGACCGUUCUUGAGAUGGAACUCAUUGUGUUGAAAGCUAUAGAAUGGCGUGUUAACUCGGUCACUAGCUUCUCUUUUUCGCAAAUUCUUGUUACUAAAAUCGGGAUGGGAGGUGGAGACAUAAUGAUGAAUCGAAUCACAGAUCAUUUGCUAGAUAGUUUAUGCGAUUUGAAGAUGCUUGCAUACGCACCAAGCGUAGUGGCGGUUGCGGCUGUGUUGAAUGUGUUAGAAGAGAAAGCAGCUCUAGAAGACAACUUUGGAAAAAUUAUGAAUCUUUUUGGACAAGAACACAAGGAGAGUAUUGGGAAAUGUGUUAAUGUUAUGAAAUCUAGAAACGUUGAAAAUGGUUGGAGAAGAGAAGCUGGUGAAGGGAAGAGUCUAGCGAGUGUGUUGCAGAGAGGAGACGUGAUGAACAUGAACAUUGUUUAUUGCGUUGGAGAUCUUUCUGCCAUUUUUCAGAUUUUGCGAUCCGAUAAGAAGAGAGAAAGAGAUAAUCAGGAAGACGAGCAUCGACCUGCAAAAAGAAUGACAUUCGUUACGUCGAAUUAA